AUGUCUUCUUCAACCUACCAAGUGAGCCGUUCCCACAAGCGCCCCAUCUCCACCACUGAAGACGCCCCGCCCACCAAGAAGACCAAGACAUCUACAGUACCCCACGCUACUCCAGAAGUCGUACCACGUCAAUCCAAGAAACGUAGCUUCACCCAAAUGCAAACGGCAUCUCGGGAAUUCGAGGAGACUGAUGAGAUGAUCGUCAAGAAAUCGGAAGUCAAGGAGCCAAUGGAUGAGUUUGACGAGUGGAUUCAGGAUAUUGAAGAUUAUGAUGGAUUCGAGUGCCCGGAUGACGAUGAGGAUGAAGAUGUUGAGGAGGUUUUGGAAAAUAUGCAAAGUGUGUCUUUGUUUUAA